AAGAGAUUUCUAGGACUGUUGUGAUUACGUCACAGCUCGUAGUUUCCUUUUCCGGACCCUACAGCCUGUGCUCGGUGAUCGUUUCUCUGUGAUCCUCCGGGAACCCUCCUCCAGCGGCUACCAUGGCGAUGCAAGCGGCUAAACGUGCGAAUAUUCGCUUACCACCUGAAGUAAACCGGAUAUUGUACAUCAGGAAUUUACCGUAUAAAAUCACUGGGGAGGAGAUGUAUGAUAUCUUUGGAAAAUAUGGACCCAUUCGACAAAUCAGAGUGGGAAACACACCUGAGUCCCGGGGAACUGCGUAUGUGGUAUAUGAAGAUAUAUUUGAUGCUAAGAACGCCUGCGAUCAUCUCUCUGGGUUUAACGUCUGCAACAGAUACCUGGUUGUUCUGUACUAUAACGCAAACAGGGCGUUCCAGAAGAUGGACACAAAGAAGAAAGAAGAACAGCUCAAACUUCUCAAAGAGAAAUAUGGAAUUAACACCGACCCCCCAAAAUAAGGGCAAUGGGUUUUUUUGUUUGUAUUUUUUUCUUUUUAUUUUGUAUGAUUCCCGAGCUGUUCCAGCGACUUAUCUUUAAGAAAGGACACAUGGACUUCUGUUUUUCCUGGAGUAUGUGGCAAAUUAAUUUGUAUGCUUCAUUUUCCACCAGUGAUCUGAGGUACGGGGUGUGUGACUGCUGUACAGUCGUUUCAUGUUCUACACCACAUUUGAUAAGUAGGAUAAUGUUGCAGUCGCCAUUUUACCUGAAGUGGCUGAAAGCUCUCCGUGUGCAGACAAGACGCCACUUCCUGUUGUCUCCCGCAGCCGGACAGCCCAUCGUACACACUAGAACUUCUGUCCCCCCCCUGUCUGCUGCUUGUAGGUCACAAAUCUAAAGCUUCAUUGUCAUACAAUUCAAAUAAAAUCUGUCAAGUGUA